AUGCGCGCUGAUUCGGGGCGUGGCCAGCUGGUCAUCCCCGCCGUGCGAGUGGGCAUCGGAGAGUGUGCCCUGCAGAGCUUCUUACCGAGAAAGUGGAGAGCGCUUUGCUGUCGGCCAGUUCACCCCAGCCCCCUGGUGCUUGCUCUGUGGGACCGCGAGAAAUGGUUCUGGGACCGAGGGGGUGCGGCGGGCAGCAUGUGGUUCAACCACGUGGACUUCACAGCCAGUCUGUCCACCGCCAGGGCUGAGAGCCUGCUCGGCCGUGGGACGCCGAUUCAAAGCCCCAGUAUGGCACCCCUCUCCAGGAGUUUCUGA